AUGUUUGGUGGACAGGUGGACUCGGGGGCCGCCCCAAGCCCAGACUGGCGGGAUAUGACGCACAGCGUGGGCACUCUGCUGGACGAGCUGGACAUUCCACGCGCAAUAUCGGCGCCCCCACAGCUGGACGAUCGAUGGGCUCUGCACCUGGGUGGCCUGGGGGGCCAGUCCACCGACAUCCGGCUGGACGAGGACUACGACCGCUUCUACCGCGCCCAGGCGCUGAGCCAGCUGAGCCUGGCGGGGCGCGCCAGCCCGGCGCUGCUGGCGCAGCAGGAGCUGCGCCUGGUGGGCACCUUCAAGUACUCGACGCUGGAGGAGGUGGCGGGGAAGGUGGCGGAGACGGCCAAGGACCAGCUGGGCUGCCGCUUCCUGCAGAAGAAGUUUGACGAGGGUGGCGGCGCGGCGGUGGAGGUGGUCUUCGGCGAGAUCCUGGAAAGCCUGGUGGAGCUGAUGGUGGACCCCUUCGGCAACUACCUGGUGCAGAAGCUGCUGGACCGCUGCAGCGAGGAGCAGCGCCUGGCGGUGCUCAAGCGCGUGGCCGGGGGCGGCGAGCUGGUGGAGGUGGCGCUCAACACACACGGCACGCGCGCCAUGGAGCUGGUGAUCCAGGCCCUGCGUCCGGGCGUGGUGGCCCUCAUCCGCGACCUGAACGGUAACCACGUCAUCCAGCGCUGCCUCCAGCGCAUGACCAACGAGGACCUGGGCUUCGUCUACGCCGCCGCCGCCGACCACUGCCUGGACAUCGCCACGCAUCGCCACGGCUGCUGCGUGCUGCAGCGCUGCAUCGACCGCGCCGACGCCGCGCAGAAGCGUCACCUGGCGCACUGCAUCGCCGCACAUGCCCUGAUCCUCAGCCAGGACCCCUUUGGCAAUUACGUGGUGCAGUACGUGCUGGAGCAGGGCAACGGCGAGAUGCUGGCGCCCAUCCUGGCACAGCUCAAGGGCCAUUAUGCCGAGCUGGCAGUGCAGAAGUUCAGCUCCAACGUCGUGGAGCGGUGCCUCAAACUGGGGGGCGGGGAGACGUCGUCCCUGCUGGAGGAGCGCGACGCGGUGGUGGAGGAGCUGAUGACCUCGCCCAGCUUCGGGCGCCUGCUGCAGGACCCCUAUGCCAACUACGUGAUGCAGAGCGCGCUCAGCGUGACCUCCGGCGCGCGGCAUGCCGCGCUGGUGGAGGCCAUCCGCCCUUUCCUCCCAGCCCUACGCGGCACGCCGCAUGGCAAGCGCAUCCUGGCCAAGAUCGCCAUCAAGGUCUGA